GCUCUAGCCCGCUCCUCUCUAUGGUGCCCCGCGUCGCCUAGGCGAGGGAGGCCGCGGCCCAAAAUGGCGGCCGCCGUCAGGGCCGGGCGGCGCCUGAGGGGAGCGGUGGAGGGAGAGGAGCUGGCCGGGCUCCCCGCCGCGCUGCGGGACGAGCUGCGGGACGCCGUGGGGUCUGAGGGUGCCCUGGUGCCCUUUAGCUUGCUGAGGAGGCUGCACGGCGGGCUGCGGGAGGCAGGGUCGCCGCUGUUCCUCUACCAGCUCCUGGAAGGCAGCGAGAUCGCCGUGCCCGAGGUGCCGGUGCAGCCGCGGAACCCCGAGCUGGUGGCGCGGCUGGAGCGGAUCAAGGCCAGGCUGGCCAACGAGGAGUACCGGCGGAUGACCCGCAACGUCACCGGCCAGGACAUGAACCGAGGUGGGACCCUAGCUGACUUUGGGAGGCAAGUUCGCUCCGUUAAAGCCGUGGUCAUCACCGUCUUCAACUUCAUCGUCACCGUGGUGGCCGCGUUUGCCUGCACGUACCUGGGCAGCCAGUACGUCUUCGCGGAGACCGCGGCGCGCGUCCUCUCAGCGGUAAUUGUGGCCUCGGUGGUUGGCUUGGCGGAGUUGUACGUCAUGGUGCGGACCCUCGAAGGGGACCUUGGGAAGCUAUAGCCACGCGCAUCCCCCCUGAGCUGUGGUGCUCGUGCUGUGCUGGAGGCUUUGGCCCACCCCAGGAGGCAUUUGUUUGGGGCAGGCUUAUCUCUGCGUUGGCAUCUGGUGGACCUCGCUUCCCGCUCCUUAACGUUCCCGAAACGAAUCGUGGAUUAAAAAUCCUACGGCUGCAGAGCAGAAGAGGGAACGGCUGCGAACUUUUACCACCCCAACACGGAGAGGAGCGUGAGCUGGUGCUGUUCCAGCUCUGUGAAGCCGCUGUGCUUUCGUUCUGGAAAUAAACAACGUUGUGUUUUCAACCUC